AUGAGCACCACCUGUGUAUUGAGUACGGGGAUCCCCAGAUCCAACCAAUGGGAGGCCACCCCUUCUACAAGAUGCUCCUGCCGUGUGAGCACCGGAUCAUGGAAACAGAGACUGAGUCCGGAUGCGCCUUUAUCAUCAACGGCGCCAGUACCGACGAAAUGUACGAGAAAAAGUCCUACAUAAAGCUGGAAAAUCUGAAUGUCACCAUCAUCAAGGACAACAAGCUGACCUAUCUUGCGAUAAAUGAAAUGGAACAGAGUUUAGUGACAAGAUCGACAUGAAAUACACUCGCAAUGAUGAAGGAUUUCUAGAAAUAGUCCUUCCGGAAUGUGACGAUGCCAGGAUUAAUUUCCGGGCGCAAGAUGGCGCUGUUGUUGUGGAGCUUCCAAAACACACCUUUCUCCCCAUUGGGGCAUGCAUGCCAGCCGAUGCCCCAGAAGCCCCUAACUCCAAAUUCACGGUAAAAAAUCCACGGGGGAAGGACCUCGUGGAAAUGUUUCUCCACAGCGUCCACGAAGUACACUCUUUCUACCCACCAUGCAAGGACGUCAGCGCUUCCGCAAGUUUCUGUAAAGAGGAACACUUGCACGACAUGGGAAUUGUCUGCGGACAAUUUACCUUCGGAGACAGUGGAUCAUGCCUGUCCAGAGAAAUGAACCGCGAACAGUUUCUGACGAUCAUUAAAAGAUGUAUAGACGACAUAUGCCUGAAUGACGUCCACCCCUGCGACGCCAUCGACAAGUACUUGACUGCCACCAAUCCCCGUUAUGACGUAGCCUACGUCUUGGAAGACUACGGCUGCAAGAAGUGAGUCCUCGGAAAUGUGUUCGACCCUCUGUCUUGUUGUAUAUUCACUUCAGCGACUAUAAAAAUCGUAUGUCUA